AUGGCCCCAAAUCACCUUUUAAUGAACGUUGAUAGCACUAUUUUAUUCGCACCAACCUACACUGGCGCCUACGCUGUACCCGCAUCGCCCGAUCACAAGAUAUUUCAGGUGCAGUUUCCAUAUCAAAUGAUCACUCCAUCCAACAUCGUUCAUCCAAUGACCGAUAAUGAAAUUAUGUCGUCCCUCGCCCUUGCGAAUGGUAUGUCAGAUCAAAAAACCUUUCAAGAAUGGUUGGCCGUUAGCGCGAAUAAUUCCUUGGAAACCCCUGUUAUGCAAGCCCCUUUCAUGAUGGACGAAGAUCUCUUUGAUCCUAGUGAUGUAAUGUUAGGUAGUCCAACUGAGGACAAAAUAUCAUCCGGCUUAAAUUCCCCGGUUACAAGCAAUUUUGAUGAAAAUGAUUCCGAAAUGUUGGGCGGAUCUUUCAGUAAUGAUAUCCUUUUGGAUGAUGCUUUACGUUCUUCAUUGGAUUUCUUUGAUGAUUCUAGUUUCUCUGCUUUAACAGAGGCUGGUGCUUUAUCUCUGGUUUCUCCUUCUAUGUCACAUUCACUCCAUCGUAGAAGAUCAAUUAAACAAGAAGAUUGCAUUGAAGCUUAUAUUAAGAUUGAACAAGAUAACGAUCAACAAGAUCAAAUCAUAUCACAUGUAUCAAAUAGCAGUGAUUCUUCACGUCAUGAAUCAGAAAAUUCAGCGGGUGAAACAGCUUCUUCUCAUACUAGUCCUUUUUCUACAGCGCCACCUUCUCCUCAUCAACAAUCUUCUAAUGUUGCAUCAGAUACAACUUCUCUUAAAUCCAAAUCUGGAACGACCACAAAAAAACACACAAGUACAAAACCACCACGAAAUUUGGAAUGCUUUAAUUGCGGUUCUUCAUUACAAAAUUCUCAACAGCAACAACAAGAACAACAACAAUUACUAUCACCUUCACCACCACCACCACCACAAACUCAACAACCUCAACAACCUCAUCUACAAUCUCCUCCACCACAACAACUAUCACAAUCUGUUGUUACUAUUGUAGCCUCCUCCAACGAAGCUCCUAUUCGCUGUGUAAAUUGUGCUCAAACGCAAACUCCUUUAUGGAGAAAAAAUGAAAAGGGACAACCCAUUUGUAAUGCCUGUGGAUUAUAUGCUAAAUUACAUAACAGAGAUCGUCCAGUUGCUAUGCGAAAGGCAAAGAUUCAACGUCGUCGUAGAGAUUGGGGUGCAGCCAAUGGUAAUCCGAAUGGAAGUCUCGAUGGUUCAGGAUCUGAUGGAUCAUGUGAUUCUAACCCUCAAAGUCCUACAUCUCCUCACCAACAUCCACUUACUAUCCAAACCCUUAUACCUGGACAACGUCCCAUCAUGCCUCUAGUUUUUCCUCAAUCACAACUUACUAAUUCACCGAUUGCAAUGGUAGCUCCAGGUUCAAUGCAACAUACUUACACUGCAGUUCCAUUUAUGCCUCCACAAUUUGAUUUUGAUGAUUCACGAUUCAAGGCAUUAAUAGGAAAAAUGUCACGAAAGCAAGUUGAAUCAUUUCUUAAUGUUUUGGAAAGACGUUGUGAUAUUCUAAAACAAGUACUAGAUGAUGAAAAUUGUUAA